GACGCUGUUUUUAUUUCGUUAAGUCCACGUGUUUUGUGCUUAUAUUUUUCUUAGAAUUUCAAAUUGGAAGUAAUUUUUUUGCUUAAUAUUGCUAUGGCGUUAGCUAGCAAACUGUUAGAUUUAUUGAAUUGCAAUAUUCGAUUUAAUACUCUUGAAGGAGAAUAUGAAGGACUUCUCAGGAAAGUUGUUCCUGCAGCUGAACUUGUCGUUGUUGGAAAAGUUAUUUUAUUACCCGAUCGCCGAAUGGGCACCUUAAACUUCGGAUUUUCCGAAUUGUCGAAUAUCAGAAUUAUCAGUCAACCUGAUAGUCCGAAAGAACAAAAUGUUGGAAAAAAGGAUAUUUUACCAGUUUAUCCUAAAACAGGAAUUGAAAGACUGUUUGAUUUCGACGGAAGCAGUGAUAUUGAAGAUGGUGAAAAUGCCGACAGAUGUCUCCCUGAAUAUGAAAUGAAAUUAGUGCCUCAUUUAUCAAAGUUCCUUCCGCGAGAUUUCGAGAUCAUCGAUUCCUUCAACAAAGAAUUUAAUUUGGCGAUCAAACACAUAAAAGAACAAGCUGCAAUUGGCGUAUCUCUUGAAGGUAUUAGAAUAAACCGAUCAGGUAUACUUACUUGGAUUUGUAUUUCAACUCCAUGCUGCAAUUUUUUGUUUGAUAUCUUGGCACUUGGAGAACAAGUAUUUCAGAAAGGUCUAAAAUCUAUUUUAGAAGAUGCUAAAAUACAGAAAAUACUCCAUGAUUGUCGCUUGGCAUCUGAUUGUUUAUAUCACAAAUACAAUGUUUGUCUUGUUAAUGUCUUUGACACACAAGUAGCAGAUUUCAUUGUGAUGAUGCAGAUGAUUGAGAAAGAUAAAAUUGAUAGUCGAGUGAAUACUCUGGAUGCAUGCUUGAGUUAUUAUUUGGAAGUUCCAAGUGAUUAUUUGUAUGGUCAUGCAAAUUUCGAUGAGGAUAAAGAUAGUUUGAAUUUUCAUGCAUUGCGUCCUUUAAGACAUGAAAUCCAGGAUGUCUUGAUUAAGAACGUAAUGUAUCUUCAUUUGUUAAAAAGAGAACUGGAACUAGCUUUGCAGACACCAUUGCGAAGAGCUACGGAUGUAUAUUUGAAUUCCAUACAAAAGCUGAAGGAUAAGGAACUUCAUAUUGUGCCUCACAAACCUGAUGAAUUGCCUGCAGAAAUGCACUUGGAAGGUAUUCAGAUAUUUCGAUACCGAGAUUUUGAGUAUCUCAGUAAUACUGUUGCAUCUGGUCCUCCAUAUCGUACAAUAAAUAAUCCCAUGAUCACGUACUUGAAUUAUCAUGCUGAAUAUAAGAAUGAUCAGAAAAAGGAUGAGGAAUCGAUAGUUAAUAAGCAUGUAUAUCAAAAUGGGGUUGCCAUUUCCUCUGAAUUGAAUUACAAAUCAGUUAAUCCUUCAAAAGAUGAUAAAUCUACAUCUAGGUUCAAAUCACUUAGUGUUAAUUCUUCUGUGAAUUCAAGCGAAAGUGAUCAUGAUUGCUCUAAUGAUUCUGAAAAGAAUCAAAGAAUUAAUUAUUGUGAAACACGAACAAAUAAGUCUGAAGUAUUAUCUUAUAGUGAAUCUGCUACCGUACAAAACCCAAUAAUGCAUGGCAUGUUAGAACUUACUUCCAGAAGGUCUAGAGAAAACCAAGAGGUGGCGAAAGUUACUUCUGAUGAAUCAAAUCAAGUUAGCAAGCAUAAUUUUCAAACUUUUGCAGAAAAUUUUGGAAUUGACAGCAAAUCAGCAAUGAGAAAUUCAAAUAAUACUGAUGAAUUUUCGCAUUUUAAAUCAGUUUAUAGUUCUGCUUGCAGUAUGGACACAGUUAAAACUCAAACAUCACAAAUUCAGCAACCUUUUGCUAUAGGAAAAAAAUCCUCAAGUGACUUAUUGGAACUUAUUUCUAAAAUGAAAUCUUCAAAUCCUCAGAAAGUGGCUGAUACUUCUUCAGAUGAUGAUUUAGCAAAUGAGAUAGACGAUGUUAAAAAUGCUGAACUUUUGCAGAUUAAUAAUUUUGCUGUGAAGAAUGAGGAAAGCUGUUCAGAUUUAGACUUGGAAGAGGUGGCAGCCAGAGUUAGAGCGAGAGGUAUUCUGUUUCAGAACUUAAAAACAGAAACUGCUACAAGUGAUUAUGCAUCUGUGUCUGAUCUGUUCAGUAAAAAGUUUCAAGUUAAACCUAAUGAGGAAACUUCCAAAUUCUCUAGAGACAAUGUGGAAUGUGCUUCAGAAAAUGUGACAGUUUAUUACGGUGAUACAAUUGAUAAAUCAUCCAAAUUUGCUGUGAAAGUUAAUCAUAAAAAUAGCUUUCUCUCAGAUUUGUACAAGAAGGCUGGUGAUGGGAAUUUAUUGUGGACUGAAGAAAAUUCAAAAACUGUUUCUAAGUCACUUUGCAACCAAUCAGAUAAAUGUGCAAACAAGGACAAUUUUUGGGCUGCUGUUCUCGGUGAUGAACCAUGUAAACCCAUUGAUGAAAAGUUACGCUUACGGCUUAUUCCUGCUGGUAUGUCAGGCUAUUAAAUGUAGGUGAAACUGAAUGUUGAAGACAACAUAGUGUAAAAUACGAACUGUGUUUUACUGAGAGAUUUAUAAAGUUUGCCGAGAUGGAUUGGUAAGAUUUGCUUACUAUAUUUAAAAAAAAAACUUUCUUUUACAGUAUAGAUUUGCUUACUGUAUUAAAGAGAACUUUCUUUUGCAGUAUAUAUUUUCAGAUUUUUAUUUUUUAAAAAUUAUAGUUACUUUGUCAAUUUUUCUUUUGACAUCUCAUUUUUUGAAAGUGCUACUUAAUGUGCAUUUUUGUAUCUUCCAAAUAUGUUGUGCAUUAUUUUGUUAUAAAUAAAUGGGUGAUAUAUUUUUUCCCUUCAGAAGGCAUUUCUGAAUGUUCUUGCAUUUAUGUGUUAAUGCAUAUUUACAAGUAAUUUCUCGUGUUUCUAAAUUUUUAGAAAAUGAGAUGCUAUCAAUUUUAUUUACCGUAACAUGUAUGCAAAUUGUUAUGCUUAUAUGUUGACUGUAUUUUUUUACAUUUUUUGAAGAAGAAAUUAAUGUUUUACACAAGAAAUAAUUUUUAUAUGUUGAUGCUAUUUCUCUCUCACUUUCACUCUACCCCGCUUUAAAAAAAAAAUUGACAGCCGAGUGAUUUUUUUUCUUUUCAUGGACCAGUCGCUUGAAAUUCAUUGCUUAAUGUAUUGACCUGUGAUUGUUGCCUUUUUUUGUGCACUGGAAUAUGAAGUGUAAUUUUAUUUAAUUAUAUCUUUAUAUUUAGUAUCCUAAAACAUAAUAAAUAACAAAUUUAUUGAUUGUGAUAUGUUCAUAAGUACUUAUUCCAUUUUGUAAUUGUAUUUUUUGAAACUGUGAACUAUAUUGUUUGUACUGAAACAAAUUCUGUUCUAAUUUUUGCCAAGUUUUUGUGCUGAGUUGAGAAAUAUUUUUUAAAUUUUUAUAAUUUGUCAAUUAUAUUGCAUACUCUUCUUUUAUUACAUUUUAGAUUUAUUUUACCCUUCUGUAUAUGUUUCAAAACAAAAUAAUUACUUAUGAUAAUGAGUUGGCCUCUAGCUUAUUGAACAAAUAAGUGUUUUUCUUUCAUUAUAAACAAUUUUAUUAUACACAAAAGUUUGCUUUUUAUUAUUUAUAUAGUUUGAAAAUAGUUAUAAAAAUCUAUCAAAAACUGGAAGGAAUUUUUUUAAAAAGCCAAUGUUCUGUAUUAUAAAUUAGAAAAACAAAAAUGUUUGGCAUCAUAAUCAUAGUGUAUGCUAAUUUAAAUGUAUUGAUAAUAUAAAAUCAUACUGGUUAUAUACUGUUUUUGUUAUAAUUAGCCUUUAAAUAUAUCUUAAACUUUUACCAAUCAGUAUGUAAUAUUUUUUGUUUGAAGUGUUUUUAUCUGUUGUAACCUAUUCAAAUAUUUUUUUUUUUCCAAGAUUUAAAUAAUCUUAGUACCAAUUGUAGUAUCAGUUAAUACUAAUUGAUUUGUAAA